AUGACCGACACGCAAAAGGCAGGCGCGGCGCUCCUUCAGAACCCGCAGUUCAUGGAGAUUUUUCAGCGGGCGAUGGGUGGUGAAGAAAAUAUUAAAAAUAUUCCACCUGAGGGGGAUCCACAACGAGAGAAGUGGUUGGCGGACUUACAGAAAAAGAUCCAGGAAGAGAGUAUGAAAUCAGCCAAGGCCAAGUUAGAAGAGAUUCAUAGUGAUGAAAAUGGACAGUGGAUGUACAUUCUUCCGGAACCCGGAUUCUGCGUUAAGUGCAAGGUGGCGGGAGGAGGAAAGGUGUUUGUGAAUGUGUGCAAACACGAGCGUAUCGCCGAACCCAUACCUAUCGACGACGAUAAUGAAGCGGAGGUUAAAUUUCGUAUUCCCUUAAGUUGUGGUCAAGCGCGUGCUGAGUCUGACAAAAGCGGCAAGCCAUGUAAGGUGUACGACGUCAUUGUGAAUCCUUCGACAAUCCAUAGAUGCACUCAAGAUCACGAUUUUCGGUGCUUCGUCAUUUCGCUCUGUAUCCACUGGAUUCAGCAAAAAUCAGAGCCAACACUAAACCUGCAGGAGUAUAGAAACAUGUCUUUUAGAGUUAAGGGAACACUGGAGCCGCAGAGAAUUCGACUUUCCACAACCCCGAAGGUGGCCAAUGCUUUGGGAGAUGAGAUUCGUCUCCCAGCAAAUGCUACCGCAGCUUCCCCAGUGACAAAUGUUGGCGGCCGUAGUGGGACAGGGAAACUUGUGCAAGAAAUAACAGAUGCACCCGCACCCGCAGCCGCACCCGCGCCUCCCCCUACUGUAAACUCACCGUCACCACCGGAGGAACCAAAACCCUCCGUUAUGAGAGUUGAAAGUGAGGGCAUCUACGACUGGUCUACUCAUUCCAAACCAACUAUUAACCCGUAUUUUCGCGAGACCGUGCCAGCCGCUUACCUUGUGGAACUGCACAUACCAACCGUGACAACAAUAGCAGAGGUAGACGUUCGCGUAUCGCCCAAGCGCAUAGAAUUACUCUAUGUUGAUUGCGAAGACGGUGUUCCCUUUCUCACAGUCCCGCUUGGUUAUCCGAUUGACGAGGAGUUGCAGGAUGCCAAAUUUGUACGGAAAACACGCACACUAAAGCUAAAGCUGCGCGUGAAACUUCCUGAUGAGACAUCAGACCUUGGCACCAAACCCGACGUCGAUGCGGCUUUGCUUGAGGAGGAGGAGCAGCGUAUAGAACGGGAGCGAAGAGAGAAGGAACUACUUGAACACAAACAAAAGAUGGAGCGGCUCCGGGAAGAGGAGGAGAAGGUCAUGCAGGAGCGAAAGAGCUAUGUGGAAAAUCUCGCUGCCGUUCAACAGGGCGAAAUCCCGCCUGCACUCAAGGAGGAAAUGGAUAAGUUACCCCCAGGGCAGCUAACUGUCAUGCUUCACCGUUUAGAGUCGAAGACGCGCAAAGGUGAUUCUAUCGAUGCAAUGCUGGAAAAAUUUCCUGACUCGAUUGUUGGAUCUAUAUGUCGUUAUAUCCGCGGAAAACUUGGGCUUGAACAGAGGGUGACAGGUAAUGGAUGUGGUAGGGAAGCACAGGUACAUCAAAAGACCGUACCGCAGCCUUCACCAGCAACAUGCGAUGGAACAACUGGCUCUUCUGCUGCCAAAGCAGCCACAACUGGUGAGUUGACCGCAACGUCAGCGAGUCGCAUUGAAUACAACUUUGCGAAGAAGUCGGAGAAGUUGUUUGGGGUUGCUUUUCACAAUCGCUAUUUGUUUGCUCUGGAUUAG